GAGCCAAAAUUAUUUAAAUAGAUUUCUAAAUAUUUUUACUUAAAAUAUCUAUAAAAAUCACAUCUUAUGAAAUAAAUUAAUAAAUAAUACUUGAAGUUUAUUUAAGUUAGGAAAUUGAAAAAGUAGUAAUUUUUUUCCAAUCAUUAUCCGGCAACUCUAAAACUUUAUUUAAUCAAAUGCAAAGCUGGAAUAAAUUUUUCCUUCUGAAUCCAAUGUCCAUUAUUAUACGCGGCAACAAAAGUUGCUAAUUCUCGGGCGAUUCUCUUUUGCUGUCGCCCAUUACCUUCACACGAGCAACUUGUGUUGCGCAACUCUGUUCGAGUUUUUUUUCUCAUUCUCUUUCACUUUACUUUAACCCAUUGUCUACUCUUUACUUUAACCCAUUGUCGUUUCUUUUUCCUUAUGGGUAUUUGGGCCACUCUAUCACAUAUAUUAAUCAGUUCUGACAAUUAAGAAAUACAUUUUAUUUAUAAUUCAAAAUUAAAACAAAGAUUAUAUGACAGACUUUCACAUAAGUACAUAUGUACAUAUGUCACCCUUUUCGCUAUCGUCUGAAUCAAUUUGUAUGGCUUUCUCCAUACAUUUCAAAAUAUCUUUAAUUAAUUCGAUACUCGUCAUACUCCAUUUUCUAAAAUAUUUAUAUUAUAUUAUUUAUAUCUGUAUACAUAUAUAUUUGCAAAUUACUUGCCAAAAGAUGAAAUUAAAUUUUUUAAAUAUAUUCAAAAUUUUAAUUUCAAAAAAAUAUACUCAAAUGCAACUAUGUACUACGAAAGAAAAAACACGAAUGCCGAAAAACGUUGCAGCGAACUGCUACGAACAAGAACACAAAGCGAGUUGCUGAACACUGGAAACUCGGCGCGAUUCUCCUCUCCUCGUCGCCCCCUCGCCUAUAAACCAAGAGUUGCCGAGACAAAAGUUGCCGCGUGUAAUAAGCGAGAUUUUGAUUAAUCAUAAUAGUCAAUCAAUUGAUUAAAUAAUUAGUUGGCAAUUAUAUUUGAAGUUCAACAAUUUUUGGCAUUCGAAUAAUUCUUGAAUUUAAUUAGCUGAGAGUUCUUAGUGAAACACUAAGUGAUAUUACAGUAAAGAACAGUUUUUUCCUUUUGAUGCAAACAUCUUAUCGAACUAGAAAGGAAGGGAAAUGAUUAAAUUAACGACAACAAAUGAAGCAAUCCUUAUAUUAUUUUUAAUAAUAAUAAAGCACUAAUCAAACAAGCUAUAUGGAUCCGACGAAUACUUCGGUGAAAUUGGAAUGUGAAUUUGAUUCAGAACGCAUUACAAAUGACUUUACAACAAUGCAUAACAACCAGUAUAACAAGGUUCCUUCAAACUUUCAUGAUAGCAACAGUGGACAACAUUUAAAUUGUCAAACUUAUAUGCACAACUCAGAAGAUUUAGGAAGGAUUAAUGAACAUAGAAUUGUGCAUAGAGAAGACUCUUUUGAUCAAAUGCACUGUGGCAAAAAUAUUAAAUCUGAGAGUGAUUACUCUUUUUUACACACUAAUGCAGACCAUUUAAGUAAUGUUGAAGGAAGCAAUAAAUCAGAUGUUCAAACAGCUGAAUGCGAUGAUAUACCCGUCAUAGUAAACGGAAAAUAUUUCAAAAUUAUAGAAGAGAUGAAUGCUACUGAACAUCAGCGGGUGACACGGGGUAUUGCAGCUGUAUGCCAACAUUGUCCACGUGAAAAGGUGAGAUCUAUACAGGGUUCUAUGCGAAUUACAUCGAAUUUCGUUCGUCAUUUAAAAACUCUGCAUCCAGGAAAGUACGAAGAAUUCAUUAUUGAAAGACAAAAUCAUUCGCGAACACCCAGAGGAAGACGUACUCAAAAGCGGAAAGCAUCCCAACUAGGGGAGGGACAGAAUGAAAAUAACUCAAGAACGGAAAACUUUGACGAAACUAAAGAAUAUAGCUCAGAUGGUGCUUCUAUAUAUAUUGAUGACAUGCAACCAACGUCGGCAAAUAAUUUAGAUAACUCCGACUUGUAUUCAGCUGAAUCCAAUGAUACGCAUAUAUCGGAAGAAAGUCUGGAGAAAAGAGAUAUUUGGACCAGUCGAAAGACACACUAUUUUGGCUAUAGUAUUUUUUGGUUAGAUAAUGAAUUAAAACGUCAAAUGGCGGUUUUAGCUUGCGUUAAGCUGAGUGACUCGCCCACUCACAAGGAAAUCGAUGUUGUGAUAACGCAUAUUCAAAAUAAGUACGAUUUGAGCGAAGAAAAAAUAAUUUGUAAUGUGAUUGAUAAUGUGCGCGAUUUCAUAGAAACUUACCAUAAUUUUAGUACAAAAGUAAGCUUCUGUCCCGAUGACCAUAACGCCGAUCUCAGUAUAUCUCAUAGUAAUGCCCAAGGCCUACUAAAUCAACUUUCGAAGCAAUUUAAAUAUGGUGAGCAUAGUCUGCAUUUAUUGACAGUAUUCGAUUUCGAUAGAAUAUUGAAGUCCCAUGACAGACUGCAACAUGCCUUAACGCGCUUUUUAAUUUUAUUAAACAAAUGCAGCGAUGUUGAUGCUAAUGAAAUGGCGAGAUUUUUAUUUGAAGGCCAUUUGCCACUAUCCGAUGUGCGUUGGCCAAUAUGGUAUACAUCGUUAACACAACUUAUCAAAGAAAAACACAAAAUAAACGAGUUAUGCAAUUUUUUGAGCCAACCCAAAUUAGUCCAAAUUGACAUAGAAUAUCUGGAAGACUUUUGCAUGAUACUCAAGCCAAUUGCAGAUGCUAUAGAGUUUUUGCAGCAAGACAAUUAUUUAUAUUUUGGUUAUUUUCUACCAUCUCUUGUUACAAUUAAGGUGAAAUUGAAAAAAAUACAUGAAAGUAGACACAUAAAACACUUGCAUAUUGUGGCACAGAAUAUGAGUGAUGCUUUAUUGUGUCGUUUACGAAGCUAUUUUGAGGUUAGCCCUGAGUGCAACGAUGCUAUAAUCGCGACAGUAGUUUGCCCUGCCAUAAAAAUGCGUUUUGUGGAAGCUUUGCGCGAUACAGCACCCAAUAUUACGACCGAUAGGAUAAUCCUUCUUUUCAUAGACUAUGCACAAGAGUUCUAUGUAGAUAAUGAACAGGCAGAGGAUUUAAGGGAGGAACGCCCGCCAUCUGUAGAUUCAUUUCUCUGCUUUAAUCCGGAUGAUAACGAAGAUCCGUCAUUAGAUAAUAAACCAAGCGUCGCUAUACGUAGAGAGUUUUUAAGUUAUUUGCACGAUGAUGAUAAAACUUUAUCUUGCUUAAAUCGCUAUCCUAUUGUGAAGAAAGUUUUCCUUAAGUACAAUACUUUGCCAGCUACUUCAAUGCUGUUGGAAAAUUUUUUCCGCACAUUUCUAAAUGUGAUUAAUGGACAAAAAGGUCAAAAUUUAACUGAUGAACAUUUAGAGCGUCUUGUACUUACUAAAGUGAAUAAAAUAUUGUAGAACAAAAUAGAUGGUAAAUUAAUUGCGUUUAUAUUUUGGAUAUAUGUAUGUAUUUAUAAUGUAUUAUUAAAAAAAAAACAUGUAUAUUCUAUUUUCAUCGAACGUUAAUUUAAAUUAAAAAAAUAAAUAAUUUAUAUGUUCAUA